UGUAGUGACGAAAUUCAGGCUAAGUCUCACUGAAAGAAAACAAUGGAGAAGGAGAGAGAUAAUAGAAAGGAGUACGUAGAGAAGCAGACACAGGCACCCAACAUCACACCGAUGAAGCCUGUGACCCACGAUGCUUACGGUGGAGGGAUGUACGGCACUGAACCUGGGCAACCAAAGAACCCCACGAAGCCGCCUGCGAGUGAAACCCAGAGUGCUGAUGGGCCUGCUGAGGCCGCCUCGAAGCCCAAGCACACCCCUCCGCCUUCAUCGGGUGAUCGAGAUAUCGAUAUCACCGGCCAGUCUUACAUUCAGUAACUAUUAUUCACUGUUUCUUUUUUUCAUAUUCCACGUGUUUCUAUGUAGUCUCCCAGUUAUGUCUUUUAUGCGUUAAAAUGCUUUUUUAA